GUCCUGCAAUCUUAUCCCCAUGAACCAGAGCGAUGGUUCCCCAGUUUCUUUUUUAUCUUGGGCCACGAAUGUUACGAAAUGCUCGAAUCCAGCCUUUGAUACUGUACUCUCACGUUCCUGGACGGACAUGGGAAGACAACAGGAUGUAUUAACAGUAUUAACCGGCAUCACAAAACUCAUUCACGACAAAGGCGGUACAGAGUCUGCUGCUGAAUACUACGCCGCCCUGCUCACUGCGCUGAACACUCAGUUCACUACGAAAGCUGCCGAAGCCUACUUACUUAAACUUAUCGUUUGCCGCGCAGUUCCUGAUCUGCUCUUGCGGUCAACCUUUGCUGAAGCUGCCAAGAUAAUUGUUCACCUUUUGGGUGCUCCUGGUUCAAAUACGGUGGAUAUUAUUUUGUGUAAAUCUCUCAUCGUUUGUCUCGGUCGUCUGUUGAGCGCUCAGUUGCGGGAAUCAUGGUCUCUGGAAUCCGUGAGACACAUUUACCGUCAUCUUUUGCGUUUCGUUGAUCAUGAAAAACCGCCCGUUCGCAAAUCUAGUCAUGUAGCUGUGCGCACCAUCUUAAAUGUCGCGUUUAAUGAAGGUACGGCGAAGUUCCACCCUGCAUGCCAUCAAACCGUUGAGAGCCUGUGCACUAUCAUUCGACAAGAAGUUCGACAGCUCGUAGCGGUUCUGCGUACUAAAGAAGUUCAUUGCAUCCGACUGCUGCAUUGCUUAGAAUUACUGACAUCUAUACUGCCCCUGUUACCAUCGAAGGAAGUGAAGGCUGCUUGCGAGUGCAUCUUAGAAUUGGUUGAAUUUCCAAAUCCAUUGGUCGUAAGCAAGGCAUUCGGCAGUGUUCAAUCUCUAUUUGAAAAUCGUCCUUCCGUGGAGUGCCUCUCCGUGGACCUCGCUGCUCGUUUACUGACCGCAUUGUACACAUACCGCCCAGGUGAUCCGGCCAUAUUUGAAGUUUCCACCGCGGCCACUGAUGCAAAGACGGGAUUCACCGGUGUGGAAGUGCUUGUCUCAUGGAUUCGUGCUGUUCGUGCAGGCUGCUCUUAUUUAUGUGAUUUGACCAGUCGGGUAUUCGAUGAUACGUCCGAUGCAGUGAAUCGAAUUGGAGUUCAGCGCCUAGCUUUGGAACACUUGGAUCGCUUAAUAAAGGGACUUUUAGAUCUACUGAUGACAACACCUCUACCGAAACUGCGGAAAACUGUUUCGGACAUUUUGGAUAGCAUAUUUAUCCAUGAAUUCGAUGCUCUACUACUUUCAACUGAUCUCCGGAGUCAUCUACGCCCCGUGUUGAUAGCCAUCACCAAUAAACUUGGCGAAUGCAUGAGACUUUCACGGUACGAAACUUGGGUCUACGCUUUGGCACUCACAGCUCGGCUACUUCGCAUUUGGCCACGUAUUCAGGAGGGGCCCGACCACGGCAUCGAUUCCGCCCUGUGUCAGUUGCUGAAACAAUUGGCGCAGCUACGCGACAGUCUGGUUGAUGGAGCUGGGAGCUUGGCACAGUUGAUAGAAAUGAAUGCUGUGGAUCAGGAUCCGAUGAGAGUUGUGGAUACACAGCUCGAAGAAUCGGUGAUUGAUGAACUGGAUCGUGUUUGCCUCGUGGCGUUGGAGUCGUUCGGUCCAGAAGUUAUCCUACAGAAGGAACUGCUUUCGGUCGAACCGUUAGUUGAAGAGCUUGAAAACGGUGUCGUCGAACUUCGACGCUCGUGGUUUCUACCUCUCCUGGCCCGCGCCCAACCCGCAAACCCCUGCCGCCUUAGUUUCUUUGUCAGUCACAUCCUAACUCUGGUGGAUCGUUCCCUGGCCGUCGCCAGGGACGUAAGCACGUCCAGCAUACCGACUGCCACAAUCAGCUCGUUGAUCACCGCAGGAGUUACCGUCGCUCGUCAGCUAUGGGCCGGUCUAAGCAUGUUUGUACGACAUGCUCCCCUGGAUUGGUCCGAAUUGUCUGUUGGUGGCUUCGGUCGUCGACUGGUCAAUGAACUCAACAAUGCACCUGCCUUGCGGCCCAUUAUCUUGCUGGCUUUCCGUCGAUUGGCGAAGUUCGCGUACGAAAAUGACACUGGUUUAUCUGCUAUGCGUGGUGGCUCCAAACUAGCAAUUCCAGUCAUGUUAUCGUUGUACGAGCACGCGAUGCUACCGAAAGAUCUGACGCUGCAGCAACAAAUUCGAGCCACAUUGAAUGCCUACUUGCCCUGUCUCACAGCCAAAAUGAUCGCUGCUCCUGCCGCGGUGGCUCUGCAAAAACUCAAUUCUACUCAAAACCCAAUCUAUCUGGAUAUCUUGCAAAUUGUCAUUCCCCACACAACGUCCGAAGAAAUUGAGCAAUUCUUGCCAAACAUCAUCCCAUUUCUGUCGCAUGUCAACCCACCGUCACGAGUAUUACAGAAACGUGCCUACCGUUUGUUGGAACUGAUAUGUGCUGGGGUCACACCAUCCACAAAACGCUUCCUGGAAGCCCAUUUGAAUGAUCUACUUUUGCUGAUGCAUAAACUCUCCGAUCCUGUCGAACAGCGGGCAACCUCCAACCAGUCAUCCAAUCAUAUCACUGACGAUAUCGCCAAGCAGGUAGCUGGGCUUUCUGUUGUGGAGAGCCACGUAUCAUCAGGCAGACUGAGGAUGAAGAAAAAGAAACCUCUUAUACCGUGGAAGCCACGGCUCCGUGCGUUGCACCAUCUCCUGGGUCACCUGAUUGCACAGGAACUAGAUGGCGCAGAGGAACUCGCUAUGGAAGAGGCUUCCAAGGGAGCAAUCGACAAUCAGCGAUUUCGAGAUUUCGCCAACAUGUUUAUCCCGGAGAUCUUAGCCGCAGUUUGCGAAUCCAACCGCAUUGUUCGCGAUCUGGCUGGUCGCAUUAUUGUCAACUCGAUACUGGCUUUCGCUGGCCUCCGACCGAACAUAGUAAACAAUUCCUCAUCCCUUCUUUCUUCCGUCGUGUCGCACUUUGACACUCGUACAUGCAUUUCGGUAGCAGCUCCUUCUGCGGAUAGUGAAGAUGAGUCCUCAAAUGACAAGGCUUCGUCCAUUGGUCAGUUCACUUGUGCAGACGAAGAUGAAAUCCUGUCAACCAAGUCUAUGCCGCGUGGAGGAGUAUUAUCGGAACGCAUUUGCGCCGCGCUUCAUCUCCUGUUCUCUCGCCUCUGGAGUGUCCUGCCUCCCUCGGUACCAUUGGCAUCGAAUCCAACCGAUCUAGUAAUGCAAGAAUCGGCAGUUCGUGUGGUUUGUCACCUUCUCAAACACCUUCGCUUCCGUCGUGCUCUUCUGUUUAGCCUAGAAUCCGAUAAUCCCACAGCCCAAUCUCAGGCAUCCGCAGUGAUUGACAACGCUAUGUCAAUCGCCCAGCGCAUUGUCUCUUCGCAACAGCGCCCCUUGGCUCGGUACGGAUUACAGCUAAUCCGACUACUGCUGGCAUUUGUUGGCUCCGGUUCUGUAUGUCUAACUGACAUGGUGCAGGCUUUGCAAUCGCUGCAUUCAACUCAGAAAAGACAGUUACGAUUUGCUGUUAAGUCAAUCCUCGAAAAAAUGAUCAAGAAGUUUGGGCGUAAAGUCAUUCAGGGCAUGACUAAUCCGGAAUAUCAGAAGGUUGUACGUAACUCGGCCCGCAUAAUGGCCCGACGAGAACGGAAUCAAUCUAGUUUGGAAUCCAUUCCCGAACAGGACGAGACCUUUUCGGUUAGUGGAAAAUCCAGAACCAGUGCAGUUCGGUCGAGCAAAUCAGUUGUUGUCAAUGACAAAUCGAGCGUUUCUGGACGGUCGCAUCUAUCUCUACCAUCUCGUGUGCACAUGCCUCGGUUUGAUGAACUGUUAGCAGACUCGAGUGACGAUGAAGCCUUGUCGACUCGUCACGAGAAAGCCCGGUCCAUCCGUUCUAAUGUCUCAAGUAAACGCAACCAGAAGAUAGCUCACUCUACCACUCGAGGGAAAUCACUGGUUGAGGAACUGGAGUCGGUGGCUGAGACUUCUGGGCUGUGUCGUAGAGCUCGCAAACGCGUGCUCCGUGGACCAGUUGCUGUGGAUAGCAGCAGUGAUGAAGACGAUGGUCUCGCGUCACGCAGAUCAGUUGCCAUCCGAUCAGAGCGUGGAGGGAUCCGUCGAAAGGUACGAUUUGUCGACACGACUAGUCUGUCGUCGACCAGUCAGCCCGGCAAAAAACACUUACGAAUGACAUCGGAAGAUAAGGCCGCGUCCGGUCUAUGGCUUGUGGAGCAGCCAGAUCAAGGCGAUGUUUUGGACCUAUCUGAUCCCAAAGCCCUUGCACGACACACAGCGAUCGCAGCGAAUGCUGAUGCAGCGAUGGCCUUGGCAAAGACCCUUCAGAAAUCCUACUCUGCUCGAAAACCAUCAACUACUCCUUUCCCUGUGGUUGACGGCAAAAUCAUUGUCGACGACCCCACAGCAUCGACCAAAUUCGCUAAAGAUGAACAAGACUGGGACCUUGAAGUGAGUGAUGAAGAAUUCAACAACGCUCCAAAUACUUGGAGUGGUCAGAGACAACCGAAAUUGAAAAAGAAACCACAGAUCCCUGGGCAGAUUUAUGCUUCGAAGAAAGCCAAAGGUGAUAUGCGUCGUGCCGGCAAACCGGAUCCAUAUGCUUACAUUUCACUAGGAUCUGGGUUGGGCGGUGCAGGUAAAACGGCUACGGCAAUCGAACGACGUCGUUUGUUGCGCGCCGUCGGAAUAGGCAAGCAGAAGCGCUCAAAAAGAAUUGGCACGACUACCGGUCCCCUCAGUAUUGGACGUCGGAAAUCUGGCAGUUCGAAGAGACGCUAAACUGACGCUUUCACAUAUUCUGAUCUGUAAGCUGGUUAUUCUGGAUACAAUGAUACUUUUCUUGAUGAAAA